GCAUGUGGCCAAAACCGCGCGUGCGUUCGUUCCUUCAUUCUUUCGCGCAGCUGCUGGGUCGGGGGAGAACGUGGCCCCGGGGAUGAAGCGGAGCCCGGGCGGGUGCGAGCAGGAGGAGGAGGAGGAGGCUGCGCGCUGCUGCCUGCUGGACGCGGUGCUCAGCUCCCUGUAUGAUCUCGCACAGGAGAAGAGCCGUUAGUUAAAAAUGAAAAGAAAAAGAUCCAAAAGAAAAAUGUGGAGAACAAGAUGGGGUCAGAACCGUCCAGAACAGUAAUGGAAGAUAGAGAUGCAUGCCCUGAUUCAGCAAUCUCAGGCAAAAGGAAAAGUGCUUCCAGUUUCUUUGAAAAACUGAAAAAUGAGAUGCAUCAUGACUCUGUUGAUUCAAAACGAGCCACCCCAGAAACCAGGGCUUCUAAUGCUGUGUCACCUGAAUCUACGCAACAGGGAAAGACAACAGAGGUGGAAGUUGUGACAUUUCGUGGUCGGAAUAAAAAGAAGAAACCUAAAGUGGAACUCACUCAGGACAGUGUUUCAAAGACAAAGAUGGCUAUUCCAGAGAAAAAUGUGGAUGGACAAGAAUUUAAUUUAGAAAAAGCCCGUCUGGAAGUACACAGGUUUGGAAUCACUGGAUAUGAAAAGAAAGAACAGCGGAUAUUGGAACAAGAACGUGCCAUCAUGCUGGGAGCCAAGCCUCCCAAAAAGGAAUAUUUGAACUACAAGAUUUAUCAACAGAAAAUUAAAGAGAAGAAAACAGUGAAGAAAGAAGAUCAUAGUAUGGAAUAUAAAUCUGAUUCUAUCAAGAAAAAGAAGAAAAAGGGUCAGGAGCAGAGGAAAUCCAAAAAGAAAAAAUCAGCAGUCAGUGUUUUGCCAACAGGACAGGUUGGAAAAUUUACAAAUGGGACAUUGAUUCUUAGAGGUAGUGACCUAAAGAAAAUUAAAUCAUCAAAAGCAGUUAAAUGAAGUUGUUACACCACAUCAAAACAGAAAGUGAAAAAUGAGCUAGAAUUAAUUUCCUAACUGAAAAAUGUCUACAUAGCCAAUGUUUCUUUGCUGUAUUUUAAUACCUGUCGCAAUACCUUGAGGGUUUUUUUAACCUCAACAUCACCGAGUUUCCACUCUGGGGAGAACAUAAAAUACAUUGUUACAUCAUAAAUUCUGAGUAAGAAAAAAUAAGUUAUUUUUUCCUAAUGACAAGUAACCUAAAUAAACUAUUACUUUCAUUGGCUAA